AGUGUGGACCUCAUGCACUGAAACCCACUUGUUUAUGCAGGAAUCUCCUCCGCUCUCAGAGACUCUAUGACGGUGCAGAGAGGAAAGAAGCUCAGCAUCUCCAUCCAGGAACACAUGGCCAUCAACGUUUGCCCCGGUCCCAUCAGACCCAUCCGACAGAUCUCUGCCUACUUCCCCCGCUUGUCCCCCACCUCCCCCACGCCUGUCUCACCUAACCCCGCCCUGUCUCCUAACCUCGCCUGCUCGCCGCCUUCCCUCAGUCCCCCAGCAGCUGCGAUGGGCGGAAACAGCAGCGUGGACACGUCGGUGGACAUCAACAGUGACGACAGUGAUGACUGCACUGCUUUGGGAACUCUGGAGUUCGAGCUGAGGUACGAUCAGAGCUGCAGUGAGCUGCACUGCACCAUCAUCCGGGCCAAGGGUUUAAAGUCCAUGGACUUCAACGGUUUAUCGGAUCCCUACGUCAAACUGCACCUCCUGCCGGGAGCCAGUAAGGCCAAUAAGCUGAAAACGAAGACAAUCCGAAACUCUCUGAACCCGGUUUGGAAUGAAACACUGACGUACGUCGGGAUCACUGAGGAGGACAUGAACAGGAAGACGCUCAGGCUGACGGUCUGUGACGAAGAUAAGUUGACUCAUAAUGAGUUGAUUGGAGAGUCCAGGGUGCCUCUGAAGCGGGUCAAACCGAACCAGACCAAACAUUACCGCACCUGCCUGGAGCACCCUCCUCCGGUAACAAACCCACAGGAUCCAAGCCUGCACAGCCUGGAGGAGCGAGGUCGUCUUCUCCUGUCCCUGCAGUUUCUGCCUCCGGUCGACGUGGUCGAUGCUGACGCUGACAGAGGAGGAGGAGAGGAAGGGUGGCGGGGCGGCGGCCUCUGUGUGGGCGUAAAGCGUUGCGCUCAUCUGGCAGCCAUGGAUGUCAACGGAUUCUCCGACCCUUACGUCAAAAUAUACCUGAAGCCCGACACUCAGAAGAAAUCCAAGCACAAAACAGCGGUGCUGAAAAAGACCCUGAACCCUGAGUUUAAUGAGGAGUUUUUCUACGAGAUCUCUCUGUCUGAGCUGGCCAAGAAAACCCUGGAGGUGACGGUGUGGGACUACGACCUGGGACGCUCCAACGACUUCAUCGGUGGCGUAUGCCUGAGUUGCCGGUCCCAGGGAGACGGUCUGCGUCACUGGAUGGACUGCCUGAAGAACACAGGUCUAAAGGUAGAGAAGUGGCACAUCCUGACCAACGAGUUGCCGCGAAGCUUCGGCCACGAUUAACAGCAAAAGCCACAUAGCGCCUUCAAUGCACGCAGACGGUCUAAUUACAUAU